AUUCAUCAUUCCGCAAUCAUGUUAGAUGAAAGCAAUGAAAUUGCUCAAUUUAAAAUUUAUCUUGAUAAUGUGUUUGACACAAUUCAUGAACUGAAUUUUACUCUAUCUGAAUACGAAACGGAUCCCAUUAUUGAAGAAUUAUAUUCAGAAAUUGUCAAAACAUGUAAUGAAGGUCGGAAUAUUCCCGACACAAUAAACACGAUUCUUUCUAGGCAUAAUAAAUCACCUCAAGAUGUUUUAAAUUUGUUAUCAUUACAUCAAGAUAAGUCAGAAUACAUUUGUGUUCUAGCGUUGUUUCAUUAUUACAAGAUUGGGGUAACAAAUGUUGGAGAUAUGUAUCAAUUAUUUCUAAGUGCUUCAAAUAAAAAUUCCAAAAAUGCCAUUGCAAAAUUUUUUACCGGUAAAUUGUUUGAAGAAGGCGUCGGCGUUAGAAGAAACAAAUCUAAAGCAAUUGAAUGGUAUAAAGCAGCUGAAGAAGCCGGUAACUGUGCCGCAGCAGAAUAUGCACUCGGAUAUAAUUUUUAUAAGCUAAACAAGUAUAACCAGGCAUUUGGAUACUUAAAAAAGUCGGCAAAAGGAAAUAACAUGAUGGCGUUGAAUCUUUUGGGAUUAUGUUAUCAAAGAUCUUUUGGAACAG